AUGUCUUCAGGUCCCGCUGCCAAGCGCAGGUUGUCCGAGUCUCGCAUCGAACCUGCAACGAAACGCCACCAUAUUCAUGGAUAUGAUCCGCAGACCCCCUGGCUACAUAAUUCAGAGCCUGCCGGUAUAUGGCGGACACGCGGGAACUCAGAUGUGUCUCACGCAUUGCCUCUAUCAAAUAUGUUGUCCGCCGUGAAAGAUUUGAUAGACCCUGACUUCGAUCCACUGACGGCAAUCCUGGAAGAUGAGCCUAGGUUCCUGAAGCCCUUACCGGCUCGCAUUGCCGCAGAGGAUCUGGAAUUCUUGCGAUUCCGCGGCGCACUUUCACUUCCAGAGAGUGGGUUGCGGGAUGAGCUUUUACGCUGUUAUAUUCAAUGGGUACAUAGUUUCAUGCCAGUCUUGAACUUGCAAGAGCUCUUACGAUGCGUGGCUGAAAAUGACCCGGAAGGAAAUAUCAGCAUCUUACUGUUCCAAGCUAUCAUGUUUGUUGGCACGGCUUUCGUCGACCUAAAACAUCUGCAGGAUGCUGGGUAUUCAACCCGCAACAAAGCUCGUAACGCGUUUUUUACUCGACUAAGGUUAAUUUAUUCUCUUGAUUGUGAAGAGGAUCGUAUUGUGAUCCUUCAAACAGUGCUAUUGAUGACCUAUUGGGCUGAUUCGGAGAAUAAUCCCCAGAGAGAUAUCUGGGAUUGGAUCGGAGUCUGUAACACGCAAGCACAAUCAAUUGGGUUGAAUAAAGACCCUGCGUCCGGCAAUCUUGACGUACGGACUAGACGGCUUCGUUCUCGGCUCUGGUGGUGCAUGCACUCUCGAGAUCGGUUGAUCGCCAUGGGCAUGCGGCGCCCACUGCAGGUGAACGAUGGAAUGAGCAACGUUCCAAUGCUCAGUAUGGAAGAUUUUGAUUUCGAACCAUUUUCUCCAUCAGUGGUGGCCAAAUUUCAGUGUCGCCAACUCCAAGAUGUGUCACAUCAGAAACGCCUCGCCACAAUGUUCAUUGAGAAAACGAAACUUUGUCAAUGUAUUGGCAGAGUAUUAUUCGCUCAAUACACACCAUCACAACGUCAAUUUGGAACUACAACUAGAACUACGGUCACCCUCGUCCCUCGACAGGCAUCCGAGUCUGAGUUUACAAGGUGCGGUCAGAAACUGGAGUCAUGGCUCAGUGCUCUCCCUAAAGAUGCACAAUAUAUCCCAAACUCUGGAAAGAGUUUUUGUGAUGGGGAGGACGUGCUGUUACUACACGGUGCAAUGUUGCGUAUGCUCUACCAUGCCACCACGAGUGCACUUCACCGGCCUUGGACGAAUGCUUCAAAGGAUAAAUCCAAAUCGCGGACUGAUCGGUGUAACGAUUCCCGAACAAAAAUGAAUGAAGCGGCUGCAGGGAUCACACAUAUCAUGCAAGGACUCAAUCAGCUCGACCUCACCAGAUUCCUGCCACAGUCUGGUGUGACUGUGAUUUUACCUGCCGUUGUCGCGCACUUGUCGAACACUAUGUCCGACAACCCCGCCGUCCGUGAAAGCAGCGUCUACAAUUUCCAUCGUUGUAUUCAGGUCCUCCAUUGUCUAAAAGAUAUUUAUCCAGCUGCCGACAUGGAGAUUGCCAACAUUGAGGCGGCCAUCAAAAUGCAGUCAAGCGGCUCCGGUACCUUCUUCCGGGUUAUGGAAUACAACCUUGACGCCCCUUCCACAUCUCUGACAACCAGAAAACCAAGUAAUGCCGCCAGCACCACAGAGCUUCAGUCUGAUCCGUCCGUAUCUGAAACACAUGUGCCUGAAAAUAGGACCCCCAUGCAGCAAGGUCAAACCUCGUCCAUCCAAAAAGAUCAGCAACGAAGAAGACCCAGCAUACAAAACGCACAUAAACCCCCGCCGCCUCUAUUCCCCAACGAUUAUGACCAGUACUCCGGCUUUAUUGGUGUUGAGAACAACCCUUUCAACUUUUUAUCCCUCGACGUCGACUUCUUCCCUGAUAUCCUUUCUUUUGCCAAUCCAUCCAACGACAAAACGCCUGAUAACCAAUAUAUAUCACCUCCACCCCAAGACCAAGAGUCCACCGAUUGGGCACAAGAGCUAUUCCGAGACACCGACCUAACCCAAUUCGGUAACUUGGAUACCUUCGGCAAGCCACAAAAUACGAAGCCUCGGGCGGAUCAAGACCAAGAGGAGCAUGAUCUUGAUCCAUUCUCUUUCGCCUUGAAAGACGCAGAUUAUGUUAGCCCAUCACGCCACCAGUCAACGAGUGAUACAAGGGCUGGUAUCACCGGUGAUUUGGAUCGGGACUUGGGUUUCCAGUCUGAGGAUGACAUGUUCUAG